AUGAGGAAGAAGACUGUGUACGAUGUUGAAAAUUCUAUAAGACAGUACGAAGAGUUUUUACGCCAAAUUACUCUGAGGAGCGAUUACAACACAGAAGUCGAGACAAGAUUUGGGACGAUCGAAAAUGGCCGUUUCAUAUCAGGCAUAAAACAAGAGGAGUUUCAUUCGAUCUUGGGGUUUGCGAAUCGUUCUGAAACACUGAAACAGACAGAGACGAAUACGACGGAACACAUCUUCAAAAAUGAAAGAAACGACACAGUAAGAGUUGUUGAUGCGAUUGAAAAUGGCGAAAAGGUGCGAUACGUCGAAGUCAAAGAGUCACUGAGGAAGGAAGAGAUAGUACUUGGAAGACAUGAAUACGGUCUUAGAGUUGCGUUAUCAAGAGAAACACAAGAAGCAUAUAACAGCGAUACUGUGUAUGGGAAAGAGCGAAUGACACGACAGAAACAUAGAUACACGUUUUACUUCGAGGACUUUUUCCAUGUUGAUUUUACUGAUGUUGUUCAACAUUCAUUUGAAGACGACAAGAAGACUCGAUCGUAUGAAGUUGAGUUUGAAUUUGAUUCCAACGUCAUUGCAGACUAUUUGGGUGAUGAGAGCAAACCAAGACUCCGCGAAAAGAUCACGAAGUACAUGGGAUACAUCAACAACUUCCGCGACUUGAUCAAGAAGUCCCAUGGAAACUACUUCAAAGACCUUGAAAUGAACAAAGAGUAUAGUUUGGGGUUUGCACUGUCGCGAUUUGUGUGCGACUCGAUCACCGGGACUGAGGGACAGUCUAACAAUUUUCCGGGUGCGAUGCCCGUCAAUUUUGGAAGGACAUCCUUUGAAAUUAUUCAGAAAAGUCCGUACAUUGUCUCCGAGAAAACAGAUGGUGUCAGGCAUUUUGUAUUAGUGACAGAGAAAGAAGUCUAUUUGGUCACCAGAAAGAUGGAGUUUUAUAAAGUCAACUUCCCCGAGUUUGUUGAGAUCUCUGGGAAGCAUGGUGUUUCAUUAUUUGAUGGCGAGAUUGUGAGAAACAUCAAUACUUUUCGACCAGUUUUGAUGCUGUUUGAUGCGAUGAUAGUCGACGGGUAUAACAUCACCAAACAGAUCUACAGCGAAAGGAUCAAGAAAAUUGAAGAAGUGGUUCAGAGGUACAAUGAGUUGAUACAAGAGGAUGAUGUGCAGAGUGAGAGUGGACUAUCGAGUGAGAAGAAGGUGCCUACUACGGAGAGAGUGUUUGAUAUCAUUGUGAAGACGUUCUUUAAAAAGGAGGAUAUCAAGAAGAUCUUUGAAAUGAUCUGCUUUAAUGACCAAAUUGAUAGUUAUGUCAUUCAAGACGAGUUGAGAUGCCAUAGGUCUGAUGGUAUCAUUUUUGCACCAGAUAUCCCAUAUCAACCGUUUGCAAAUCCUGGGUUGUUUAAAUGGAAAUAUAUGACACAUUGGACGAUCGAUUAUGGCAUCAAAGAGUACGGAUAUUAUGGAGAUAAUCGAGAGAUGUUGUUCACGGUCGACAGACAAAGAGAUAUCAUAAUGAGAGAGUUGAACUUUUCAAAUGCGGACUUGGACGCAUUUGACGAAGACAAAGAGAAGUAUGGGUGGAAUACGAGCGGAGUUGUGGAAACGUCGUUUGAUGUGUGGACGGGGAGAUGGAAAUAUUUGAUAUAUCGGUAUGAUAAGCCAAAGCCGAAUCAUAUUAGUGUGUGUGUUGAUACAUUAGAAGCAAUGGCUUGUAAUAUAUCCCAAGAGGAACUUAUUUACCGAUGUUCGGUACCACUUGGAGAGGACAGAUGGACCCAAUUGUAUUUCAACGAGCUUAAAAAGCAAGUUGAAGCGUUCCCAGAAAAGAUGAGACAAAGGUUAGAAAUGAAAUCAAAACAAAUGGAAGUCGAAUGA